AAGAAAGAGCGCCCGCUUCCGUCUUCGCACCGCCGCCGCGCUCCUUCCGCCGACGGAAAGUAGUCCCCUCCCUUCCUUCCUGCCGCCCUCAGCAGGUUCCGCCGCCGCGAUGGCGCUGAAGAGAAUCCACAAGGAGUUGAAUGACCUGGCACGCGAUCCUCCGGCACAGUGUUCUGCGGGGCCAGUUGGAGAUGAUAUGUUUCAUUGGCAAGCUACAAUAAUGGGACCGAACGACAGCCCCUAUCAGGGCGGGGUGUUCUUCUUGACCAUUCACUUCCCCACAGAUUACCCCUUCAAACCACCUAAGGUUGCAUUUACAACCAGAAUUUACCAUCCAAAUAUUAACAGUAAUGGCAGUAUUUGUCUUGAUAUUCUACGGUCACAGUGGUCUCCAGCGUUAACUAUUUCAAAAGUACUUUUGUCCAUCUGUUCUCUGUUGUGUGAUCCCAAUCCAGAUGAUCCCUUAGUGCCUGAGAUUGCACGGAUCUACAAAACAGAUAGAGAAAAGUACAACAGAAUAGCUCGAGAAUGGACUCAGAAGUAUGCGAUGUAAUUAAAGAAAUUAUUGGAUAACCUCUACAAAUAAAGAUAGGGGAACUCUGAAAGAGAAAGUCCUUUUGAUUUCCAUUUGACUGCUUUCUAUGAGCCCACGCCUCAUCUUCCCCUGUGCACAUGUUUACCUGAUCCAGCAGUGCUGCGUGUUGUACAUACUUGGAACAACGAAAUACUGUAUUCCAUACCAACAUUGACUCUUAGCAAAGAAAUGUGUGUGAAAAGCCAGUUCUUCCGUCAAAAUCUAGUUGUGAGCGUAAAAGCAUUCCUAAGGGAUUUCAGUGGGGUAAGAAAAAAGAAGGCCGGGGCGGGGGGUGGGGGGGAAGAGGGAGUGGAAAUUUUUGUGUGCUCCUUGGGGACUUCCUGUGACUUGAAAGGUGGAAUCCUUUUAAACUCAUAACUGCAACGAAAACUGAUGUGAAGAACUUGUCGCUGUUUCUAUAUUUUAUUCUGAAGGACCUACUUAGGUAAAUGUAUGACCAACAAGAUCAAACUGUACCCACAUCCCGUGUCAAAGGUCUAAGUUUAACUGGUCAGCGUUGAAAAGCAUUGGAGCUAUUAGUGCAUUAAGUGGUGUUGAUUUUUUUUGUUUUGACUCUAUCCCCCGCCCCUCGCCCCGCCCCUUCAUAAUUUUGGUUUGUAUGUGUUUUUUUUUUCAGUUAACAUAGCUAAUAGCUCUUAUUUUCUUAAGUUUUUAACUGCUUAGGUCUUUCUGGAUGUAAGGGUAAAAAUUCAUUUGACAGACUUGUGUAUAUUUAAAGACCCAACUGCUCCCUUGGAGCUUGUACGUUCAAAAAUAAUUAAUCUGUGUAAUAAACUGAUUACUACAGUCAUUACA